AUGGGAAGAAAUUUGGAGUAUGUUGGCAAUGGUAUAUGCGUCAUGCAAAUCUCUGUUUGCACACACCCUCUUCAGAUCUUAUCUCUUUGAAUUUCUCAAAUGCGCAAUCACCCGUUGAAUCCAAAUACCACUGGAUCACAGCGUUGUUAAUCAGAAACGAAAUUCAAGAGGAUAAAGACAAAGAUUUUCGUGGAGAACCCUUGAUCUGAAUUCAGCGUAGAUGUCGUGGGGACUGGGUUGGAAGCGCCUAUCGGAAAGUUUCCACCUGACUUUGAGUUACGGCUCCGACGCCGACACACUUGAUGAGAUCAUCAGGAAGACAUCGUCAUCCUUUCCGUCUUCGUCUCAGGACGCUGCCGCGACCAACAACAAUCAAGAACUACUAGGAUUCAGGAUUGACCUCGACUGGAACGCUGGCGAUGACGAGGAUCAAGUCGCGUUGAGGCUCCAGUCGCAGGUCAUGGUCGCCUUGCCCUCACCCAACGACGCCGUCGAAGUGGAACUGAGGGAAAGGGCUGAAAACUGGGAGGAGAAUGUUGCAAGUUCCACGGAUGGCGAGGGAAAUUUGGAGAAUACCGCAGGGCAAGUGAAGAGGUUGGAGGUGUUGAUGAGAGUUGUGACGAGGAGGGAGCCGCUGAAGGGGAUUAUAAUGUCGAGGGCUGGUGGUUCGGGACAGCAGGCUGAUGGCGGAAUGGGAGUUUUGAUAAAGCUUAUGAAGUUGAAUUUGGGCAGUGGGGAUGCAGAUGGGAUGGCCCCCGGGCCUGGCUUGGCGGAGCAUUGGCAAAAUCUUUCUGUUGUCAUCCUCUGUGGUCUUGGAUUAACCGCGUUGUCAGCUGAGAUAACUCGACUUCCUCUCCUGGAGAAACUAUACCUUGAUAAUAACAAGCUACUGGUUUUGCCACCUGAGCUUGGUGCACUGAAAAGCUUAAAAGUUCUUGCUGUAGACUACAACAUGCUUGUUUCUGUGCCUGCUGAACUUAGACAGUGUACUGGUCUUGUUGAAUUGUCACUGGAACACAACAAGCUGGUCCGUCCUCUUCUGGAUUUCAGGGAUAUGGCAGAGUUAUGUGUUUUAAGGCUCUUUGGCAAUCCCCUUGAAUUUCUUCCAGAUAUUUUGCCAUUACAUGAACUUCGCCACUUGUCGCUUGCCAACAUCCGGAUUGUGGCAGAUGAAAAUUUAGGAGCAGUUAAUGUACGGAUUGAGAUGGAGAAUAGUUCUUAUUUUGUAGCAUCCAAACAUAAGCUGAGUGAGUUCUUCUCGCUCAUAUUCCGUUUUUCUUCUUGUCAUCACCCUUUGCUGGCAUCUGCUCUUGCAAAGAUAAUGCAAGAUGAGGAAAACCGUGUAGUUGUGGGAAAAGACGAGACUGCACUGCGGCAGCUCAUAAGUAUGAUAAGCAGCGAAAAUCAGCAUGUGGUUGAACAAGCUUGCUCUGCACUCUCGUCUCUGGCUUCAGAUGUUCCAGUGGCAAUACUAUUGAUUAAAUUAGAUAUUAUGCAACCUAUUUCUAGAGCUUUGAGAUCUGCAGGAUCCGACAAAGUAAUUUCUGUUUUGCAAGUUGUGGUCAAGUUGGCUUUUUCAUCUGAUAUUGUAGCUCAGACCAUGCUGACCAAGGAUAUAUUGAAGUCACUGAAAUCAUUGUGUGCCCAUAAAAAUCCAGAGGUAAAAAGGUUAGCUCUAUUUGCUGUUGGAAAUUUAGCUUUCUGUACAGAAAACCGUCGAGUGCUUGUUACCUCCGAAAGUUUGCGAGAUCUUCUUCUGAGGCUGACAGUUGUAUCCGAGUCACGUGUAUGUAAAGCUGCUGCCCGUGCUCUAGCUAUAUUAGGGGAGAAUGAGGUUCUGCGCCGUGCUAUUAGAGGAAGAAAGGUCCCGAAGCGUGGAUUGCGUAUACUUGCAAUGGAUGGUGGUGGCAUGAAAGGAAUGGCUACUGUAAAGAUUUUGAAAGAAAUAGAGAGGAAUACUGGAAAGCAGAUGCAUGAGCUAUUUGACCUUAUAUGUGGAACAUCUACGGGUGGUAUGCUUGCUGUUGCUCUAGGAAUCAAAGCCAUGUCUUUGGAAAGGUGUGAAGGAAUAUAUAAAGAACUCGGGAAAGUUGUAUUUGCUGCCGCCCCUUCUCCCAAGGACAAUGAAGCCGCAACAUGGAGAGAAAAGUUGGAUCAACUCUAUAAGAGCUCUUCACAGAGUUUCCGUGUUGUCGUACAUGGCUCAAAACACAGUGCAGAUGAGUUUGAGAGGCUGCUGAAGGAGAUGUGUGGUGAUGAUGAUGGAGAUCUCCUGAUAGAAUCAGCAGUUAAAAGGAUCCCAAAAGUUUUUGUCGUUUCAACUCUGGUCAGUGUAGCACCAGCUCAGCCAUUCAUAUUUCGUAAUUACCAGUACCCAGCUGGAACAACUGAGAUUUCUUUUGCAGCUUCAGAAAAUAUGGCAACUGGUGGACAAGGAGCAACUAGUGGAGCUGAGGUUGGACAUAAACGCAAUGCUUUCAUCGGAAGCUGUAAGCAUCACAUAUGGCAAGCUAUAAGAGCCUCAUCAGCAGCACCAUAUUAUUUAGAUGAUUUCUCUGAUGGUGUGUAUCGCUGGCAAGAUGGGGCUAUUGUAGCAAAUAAUCCUACGAUUUUCGCUAUACGAGAGGCCCAACUCUUAUGGCCUGAUGCUAAAAUUGAUUGCUUGGUUUCAAUCGGUUGUGGCUCUGUUCCAACAAAGGUCCGCAAGGGUGGCUGGCGGUAUUUGGACACUGGACAAGUGUUGAUUGAGAGUGCAUGCUCUGUUGACCGUGUAGAGGAAGCUUUAAGUACACUGCUUCCUCUGCUUCCUGAUGUACGCUAUUUUCGGUUCAAUCCAGUUGAUGAACGUUGUGAUAUAGAGCUGGAUGAAACUGAUCCGACAGUCUGGAUACAGUUAGAGGAUGCUACAGAUGACUACAUUCGGAACAACUCCAUUGCAUUCAAGAAUCUAGCUGAAAGAUUGCUUGAGAGUCAGCAUGAUGAGAAACUUUCAGAUGGUUUACAGUCUCAGCAGCUUCCUAGAGCAAAGGCACCAAAUGAGUACAUCCCCUCAUUGGGCCAGAGACGUGGCGUUCUUCUUGUACAGGCAUCCCACAACACGGAUACUGGAAGAGGUGUUAACCAUACACGCGUACUUAAGACAUUUUGUGCUAGUAAUGGGAUAAGAUUAUCACUUGUAAAUGGAGCAUCAGGGACCACUAAGACAGCUCAAGGAUCUGUAUUUCCAACUCCAUUUGCUUCACCACUUUUUACUGAAAGCAUUUCAUCGAGUCCCCUACUUUACAGCCCUGACAGAGUUGGUAGAAUUGAUUUAGUCCCACCAUUAAGUUUGGAUGGUUUUUUUUCUGCAAAAACAACUGCAUCACCUCCUGAGUCUCCUGAACGAAAGCAACUUCCAGUUCCUGUAGUAUCUUUGCAUGAGAAAAUACAAAAUUCACCUCAUGUUGGAGUAAUUCAUUUGGCUCUGCAAAAUGAUGCACGGGGCUCCAUUUUAAGUUGGCAGAAUGAUGUAUUUGUGGUCGCCGAACCCGGAGAAUUAGCUGAAAAGUUUCUUCAAAAUGUUAAAUAUAGCUUGUUGUCAAUGAUGAAGGGUAGGAGGAGGAAAUAUGCUUCCAUAAUCACAAACAUUUCAACUGUUGCUGAUCUUGUGUCAUGCAGACCCAACUUCCAAAUUGGUGGUGUUGUCCAUAGAUAUAUAGGACGUCAAACACAAGUCAUGGAAGAUGAUCAAGAAAUUGCUGCUUACAUGUUCCGUAGAACUGUUCCUUCCACACACUUGACCCCGGAAGAUGUGCGUUGUAUGGUUGGAGACUGGAGGGAUAGGAUUAUAAUCUUCACAGGAAUAUUUGGGCCCACACAAGCUUUAAUUAAAGCGCUUCUAGAUUCCGGUGCUAAAGCUGUUGUGAGCCCUUCUUCUGAGCCUGAAGAAAUGCAGUUAUUGUCAUUCCAUAGACCGGGUGAUUUUGGUUGCUUCAAGGAUGGGAGGUUUGAGAUCGGAGAGGAGGAGGGAGAAGAUGAAUAUAUUGAACAUAACAGUCAAGCAAGCGAUUGGGAGGAUAGUGAACCAGAGAAAGAUGUGGAGUGUAAUAUAUCUUUCUGGGACAAUGACGAGAAAGAAUUGUCCCAGUUCACGAGGGAGCUGUAUGACUCACUGUUUCAGGGUGGUGGAAGAGUGGAUACUGCUUUAAAAAAUGCUCUUGCAUCAAAUCGGGGCCUGAGAUAUUCAUGUCACCUCCCAAGCACACUGUAGCUUUUUCCAACUAGAAUCAGAUUUUUUCGGGCGAAGGGCACGAGUGGAUGCUGCUCUGUGCUGUACUCCGUCUUCCCAUUUUAGUCAAGUCUGCAAAGAACAUCAUGACAAAUUCUAUAGAAAAAUAAAGAAUGAAAGGGAUCAAGAAAAUGAAAAGAACCGAAGGAGCAAGCUUCCUCCAGGUGAAAGAGAUUCUUCCUGGGCGUAUUUUGUUCACUGACAUUCUGUGGAAUUGUUGCCUGGCUUGGGAAUCUAAUCCGUAUACCCAUUACACUGUAGUUUGUAAAACAACAUUCUAGAAUUGUAUAUACAUAUAGAGAAAGAAAGAUAAUUUUGGAUUA